AUGGUCUACGCUUUGUAUAACCCCUCUUGCAACGUCAACAUCUGGAAUCUGAACUACCAGUGCCUGGCGAGCGUGAUAGACUUGGGAUUGCAACGCGAUGUUCGCGCAUCUCCGUCUUACCAGAUUUCGCUGUUCACCCAAGAGAUGCGGACACGGGUGUUCUGGGUGACGUACACAUUUGACCGCACAGUCUGCACCAUGAUGGGUCGUCCAAUCGGACUCAGGGACGAAGCGUGUGAGAUACGGUUCCCCCUGGACAUACCCGACAGCAACCUCAUGAACCGCACCGCCAACCAGCCCAUGUCGUUGGAAGCGCCCUCCCACAUGUCCUACUCAAUCCACCUCUUCAAACUGGCGCAGCUCAAUUCCGAAAUCAAGUACGUCAUGCACAGCAUCUGCCGCGACGCGCCCGCCUACGCAUACCCACCCGUGAAGGACAUCUUCGCCUGGCAACGGGACAUGAUGCGAUCUUUGCAGGAGUGGCAGUCCGCCGUGCCGCAGCCCCCACGGGACCAAGACACCGGGAUGACCGCGUACUGCCACGCCAAGUACCACGAGACGAUGGUGCUCCUCCUGCGGCCCAGCCCGGCGAUCCCCGCGCCCGCCCCGGAGAUGCUGGAUCUGUGCGUCCAGCACGCCUUCAUGCUGCUGCAGUGCUUCGGCGUUCUGUACGACGCCGGCCGACUGCUUUACAGCCGCCUGGCCGUGCACGCUGUCUUCCUGGGGACGCUCGUCCUCCUGCACGGGAUCUGGAAGCUGCCGGAGACGGCGACGCGGUUCCGCAUGGACGAACUGAUCCGCCGGCUCAACACUGCGCAGAGCAUCCUGAGCAGUAUCGGCGAGCACUGGGCGGAGGCCGCCAGCGCGCGGGACUGCAUCGCCCAGCUGUCUAACUUGACGGUGCAGCGGCUGCUCAAGAGCCAGGCGGGUCCGGGCGAGAUCGCGUCGUCGCCGAUGCGCCAUCGCCUGCGGGAUCCUGGCGUCCCGGCGGCCCAGCUGCAGCAUGUUGACCAGAGGAGUAGGGUCGUUCAGGGACAGAGCUCAACUUCUUACGAGGACGACCCCACGCUCUCAUGGCAGGCGGGGCUGCUGGGACAGCCUCCUACAGCUACUUCGUCUCCGCCGUCGGAGUUCUUGAACUUGUUCGAUGACCUGCUGCGGUGCGAUUUCGAGGGCUGGAGCGGGGUCUCGGAUCUAGAUGGGUUGAUUCGAGAGAUAUUCAGUAGCUCUCAGCAUGAGAGCUGA